ACAACAUACAACAGUGGUGGCAUGGGUAAUGGCUUGCAGAAACAUUCUUUCCAGUUAUCUAGUCUAUCUGUGUCGAGAAACUGGGACACAAUGGGUGUUCUCCUUUUCGUACAGCUUGGGCACAAUCUGGCGAGAAGUAACGACGAGCAGCGAGGGAGGAGUAUAUCUCGAAAAGGAAGGGAAAUGGAGCUAUAUGCAUGAACGUGCAUCUUGAUUUCGCGGGCUGAACCAGGGCCAAGAAGCUUAUUAAAUUGUAUUAAAGGAUCUGUUACUCAAACUGGACUUUCUGGAUGGUACUGUUGUAUGAGUCAUGCCCAUGUUUUUUUUCAAUGCAUGUCUGGUUUAAGGGCACCAACUACAAAAGCUGAUAAAACAAGAAUGACCUUAAAGGCUUAGGAAGCUUAAAGCAGUGCAUUUUAAUGUGUUGAUUAAUAGACAUCUCUAUAAGCUAAUGGAUAUGUCAGCAAUUGUUGCAAAUUGCUCCCAUGUUGUUUUACCUUUAUUUCCUGGUUGGCACAUUUUCCUCAUAUGUAAAAGAAGGAUACAGUUGGGGACUUCCCACCUUCUGUCAAGCGUUGAAUUGUGCAAGAUAUAUUUUUACUACAGGAACAAAGGUUAUUUGUGUUUAGAGUGAAUUUUUGCAGAACUGGAUACGAAAACAUUGAACUGGAUUCCUUUGUAACUUUCACAAUGCGUGCCAUUAUUAUACGUGCUUUGCCACAGCGCCUAACACAUGGCAUUAUUAUUUCCGCUGUCCUAAAAAUCUAGACUUUCCAAGAAUACUCAAAAAGUCAGUGGUGAGUUGUAGUAGUUAUCUGAUGUUUUCCUUGGCUUUGCAUAGUAUGUAUUUCUUGUAACUUUAAAGGCUUUACCCAUUUUAAAACUGAAUUUAAAUGGGGCACAUGCAAGACCUUUUCUAGCUGAGGAUCACUGGAAAUUUUACAAAUUAUUUGUGAAUCUCUUUUGAUUCAUCUGAAGUAAAUUGUUUUUAACAUUAAUAAUUUCAGAAGUAGUCAGUGAUGAUAUGUAGACUAUGUCAGUAUAGAGAAUCACAAGACCAUCUCCUGAAAGACUGGCACGAUGCGGCAUGUUCUUUCUUCCCUCCUCUCAGCCAAUCACAAGCUUUAAACCAAAUCAACCCAACCCGGAUCUCAUGUAGCCCCUCCCCCGGCAGUAUGUGUGUGUCACUCUACCUCUCUUUCCUCCUUUCCCCUUCCUUCACUGCUUGCUGCCUCGCUUCAUUGCCUAAUGCGGCUGGGCUAAAGACAGAUAUAAAAAUAUAGAAGGAUUGAAUAAAGAGAACAACGUGAUUUUUAGCUGAGAAUCCACAGAAGCGUGUGAUGGAAAAGCAUCCGGGUUCUUUGUGCAAAAACCCACAUCAUCUGAAUAAUCGGAACACCAAAGAGUUAUACUAUCAGAGAAUGCAGAGAAGCACAGGAAAGAUGGACAAGGCGAAGAUGGAAGAGGACAAUCAGUUUAAGGGGAGGUUGAGGGUGUGUGUGGCAACAUGCAACAGAGCGGACUACUCCAAGCUGGCCCCCAUCAUGUUUGGGAUCAAAAACCACCCUGACGAGUUUGACCUGGAAGUCAUGGUGCUUGGCUCACAUCUCAUUGAUGACUACGGGAAUACUUUUCGUAUGAUCGAGCAAGAUGACUUUGACAUUGGCUCCAAGCUCCACACCAUUGUGAGAGGAGAAGACGAGGCGGCCAUGGUGGAGAGCGUUGGGCUGGCACUUGUAAAACUCCCUGAUGUACUACAGAGGCUGUGCCCUGACAUCCUGAUCAUCCAUGGUGACCGUUUUGAUGCGCUGGCCCUAGCAACUGCUGCAGCGUUGAUGAACAUUAGAAUACUUCAUGUGGAGGGAGGAGAGGUGAGUGGUACAAUUGAUGACUCAAUUCGCCACGCCAUCAGUAAACUGGCCCAUUACCAUGCCUGCUGCACACGUAGGGCAGAGCAGCACCUUAUCGCCAUGUGCGAGGAUCAUUCUCGCAUCCUGUUGGCAGGCUGCCCUUCAUAUGACAAGCUGCUGUCAAAUAAUCACAGAGACGACUACAUGGAUAUCGUCAAGAGCUGGCUGGGUGACAAGGCGAAAGAACAUGACUACAUUGUGGCUCUGCAGCACCCAGUUACCACUGACAUUCAGCACUCCGUUAAGAUCUAUGGGCUCAUGCUGGAUGCCCUGCUCUCCUUCAACAAGAAGACUCUCAUCCUCUUCCCUAACAUUGAUGCCGGAAGUAAAGAGAUGGUGCGUGUGAUGCGAAAGAAGGGCAUUGAGCAGCACCCCAACUUCCGGGCAGUGAAGCACAUUCCCUUUGAGCAGUUCAUCCAGCUGGUGAGCCAUGCCGGCUGCAUGAUCGGAAACAGCAGCUGUGGGGUACGAGAGGCAGGUGCCUUUGGCACGCCUGUUAUUAACCUGGGAACAAGGCAAACUGGCAGAGAAACAGGUCAAAAUGUGCUUCAUGUCAGAGAUGCUGACACUCACAACAAGAUCUACCACGCUCUGGAGCUGCAGUUUGGAAAGCGAUACCCCUGCUCUAAGAUUUACGGGGAUGGCAAUGCAGUGCCUCGUAUUCUUAAGUUUUUACGGAAGAUUUGCCUGAAUGAGCCCCUACAGAAGACUUUCUGUUUCCCCCCGGUGAAAGACUGCAUCUCUCAGGACAUUGAUCAUAUCCUGGAGACACAGAGCGCUCUGGCUGUUGACCUGGGAGGAACCAACCUCCGGGUGGCGAUCAUCUGCAUGAGGGGGAAGAUAGUAAAGAAGUACACUCAGCUGAAUCCAAAGACCUUCGAGGCCAGGAUGCAGCUCAUAUUAAAGAUGUGUGGAGAUGCCAUGCGGGACGCUGUCUGUCUAAACUGUCGGAUACUCGGUGUUGGAGUGUCCACUGGUGGGCGUGUAAACCCCCAAGAAGGUGUGGUCAUGCACUCCACAAAACUGAUCCAGGAGUGGUCUUCGGUGGACCUGAGAACACCCAUCUCUGACGCACUGCACCUACCCGUCUGGGUUGACAAUGACGGCAACUGUGCUGCGUUGGCUGAGAAGAAGUUUGGUCAUGGCAAGGGGGUGGAGAACUUUGUCACUGUCAUCACAGGAACAGGUAUUGGAGGAGGGAUUAUCCAUCACAAUGAGCUGAUUCAUGGCACUACCUUCUGUGCUGCAGAGCUGGGCCACAUCAUGGUUUCAUUAGAAGGCCCAGAGUGUUCAUGUGGCAGCAGAGGAUGCAUAGAGGCCUACUCAUCCGGCAUGGCCCUGCAGAAAGAAGCCAAACGACUGCAUGACGAGGAUCUGCUGAGUGUGGACGGGAUGGACAUGAAGCUUACAGAGCCCAUCACUGCUGCUCACCUCAUCACUGCAGCCAGACUGGGAAACUCCAAAGCAGAGGCUGUACUGAACAAAGCCUCCACAGCUCUCGGUGUGGGCAUCGUUAACAUCCUUCACAUAGUGAACCCCACGCUAGUGAUUCUGUCCGGAGUCUUGUCUUCUUACUACGAGGCUCCAUUGCAGCAAGUCAUCUCUGAGAGAGCCCUCCUCUCUGCUCAGAACAUCAAGGUUCUCAAAUCGGAGUUGGAGGAACCUGCUUUACUUGGAGCAGCUAGCAUGGUGUUAGACUACACAACCAGAAGGGUAUACUGAAGGAUGUUUUCUGGAUUCAUGAAGUACUGCUACCAACAAAAGAACAGCAAAACUAAAGCAGCACCUGUAGCGACCAGAUAGAUACAUAAGAAUAUCUAGGAGAUACAUUUUAAAGGCUUGUCAAUGACAAUGCGUUGAGAGAAAUCAAUCCAUCACAAGGCCAGAUGUUGGCCAAUUCCCAUGUGGAUACAUCAUGUGUUAAGUGGGUCCAUUGCACGGACCAGAAAUUAAUUCCUUUAUGGUUUAUUGGAGCCCCAAGGCUUUUUUUUAACAAUUAAGCAUCAGCUUUUGAAUAAAAAGCAGCGCCAUCUUUAAGCCAAAAUUACCCGGAGGGGGUAGGACUCACCCGAUGAUUUUUACUCGUCAUGUGAUGUGAAUGGAUGGAAAAAGUCUGUCUUUAUUGAAAGCUUGUAUCAGAUGUGACCAAAAUAUUCCAGGAACAUUCUCCUGCAACUUCCUCUCAAUUCUUCUUGUAUCGCUUCCCGUCUCACUUUUCUACAAAUAUUUUAUGGAGUUUUAAUUCUCAAUUAGAUUUUUGAGAUGAGGGUAACUGUCAAGUUAUUAUGUUACAUUUCCAUGUUUUUUCAUAAUUUAAAUUAUUUAAGGUGUAGGGAAAAAAAUUAAAGUAUCUAAAGGUGAUGCUUAAUGUAGUUGGUGAUCUUGGAGGCUCAAGGGCAGGAAAUGAUUAAUAAAAAAGUAGAAACUGCUUAAGCCUGAUAGCUGCUAGAGUCUGGGGAGGACCUGAGGGUGAACCUUUUGCCUGAAUCAGGUGAAGGUUUUUUUGUCUGUUUGUUUUUUUCAUUUUAUUACCACAGACCUUAUGAAGAUUUUAACUGAUUUUGAAGUUUUCUUCAUGCCUUUCGAAAAUAUAUGAUAUAUUUUAUCUCAAAAAUAUUAACGAUGUUUGUAUGUAAUUACAUACUGUAUUGUACAUUAGAUGGUGACUGCAUGUUAUUUGGGAUAAAUUUCUUAAGAAUUUUCUUUGUUGUUUAAUGUUUAAGAUAUACACAAGAAAAUAAACUGUAUUUAAAUGAAGAAAGCAAGAGAGAUAUGGAUGUUUUGUACAAAUCCUGCUGACUUUUUUUGUGUGCAAAAGAUCUGUCCACAAAAGCCUUGGGGUAUUUAUGGAGCUUCUUGGUUUGAUAUUUCAAAGUCUUUACAUAGCCUUGAAACACAUGGAAAACAUGUUUAUAGCCCAGAUAAGAAUUGUGGGGGUAAUUUUUUAUGUUUGUUUUUACUCUCAAUUGAAAGAAUGAGAUGAUCUCAUAUUUGGGUGAUGUGUUUCUAAGGUGCCAGUAGAGUAAAGAAGUUGACUGAG